UUUCCGAGCUGAAUUUGAGCCUCCACUGAAAAAGACUCAUCACCUGGAUUUUCUAGGGGGUGGGGAAGAAGAAGAAGUGAAAAGUACAAGUUUAGGUAUGGUGAGAAUCAGUGAGUUGUCUGAUGAAUUGCUGAUCAAGAUAUUAUCGUUUCUUCCAACAAAAUCUGCCGUCUCCACAGGCAUUUUGUCGAAACAAUGGGAGUUUCUAUGGACGUGGUUGCCUAAACUCGAGUUCGACGACUACUUUAUAACCGAUGAUCCUGACUCUAUCUUGAGGUUUCGGGAAUUUAUCAACAAGAAUCUGCCGUUACAUAAAUCUCCGGUCAUCGAAAGCUUGCUCCUCAGACACGAAGACAAUUUGAUAGAGGUAGUUGUUAACGUCCCGUCUUUGCAGCGUUUGACCUUGGAGGUGUAUCAACGUUCUUCUGGUGGCUAUGUGAUAGUGACUCCUUCUUUGAAGUACUUCAAGUUUGUGGAUUUCAGCGAAACUUUCUCCUGUUUGAUUGAGCAUAUUCCAAAGUUGGAAGAGGCAGAUAUUAGGCCUGUGUAUAGUGUUAGUACUAUCUUCAAUCAGCUUGAACAUUUGAAGUUUGGUAUAUACAGCGACGACUGGUCGAAGUUGCUUAUCUGGUUGCUCGGAAAUUCCCCUAAACUGCGAGUCCUCAAUAUAUCUAUCGAUCAUGAUCCAGAAUUGGAUGUGUAUGAACCAGUUACGUGGAGCUCCGUUCCUGAAUGUUUGUUGAAGACUCUCGAAACUUUUGAGUUUAAAGAUUACAUGGCAACACAAGAAGAGAGAGAUUUCUUGAGUUUCUUCUUCAAACACGCUUGUUGCUUGACGUCUACAUCAAUAUUUCAUAAUGUUUGUGAUAUGUAA